UGAGGUGUGAGAAUCGUAGAAGUUAAAAAAUAUCUUAAAUGUAAAAUCGAUUCAGCAAUCAGUUCAUCAUCGUCCGCUGUUUUUUCGAGUUUUCACAUAUGUAGUAUUGUCUGUUCACCUUCUUUGAUGUAUCGAGCUUCUGCUAGUUUCUGAUAAUUCAUAGUUUAAGGAUAAUUCAUAGUUAUUUCAUUUUUUAAUCGUUAUUGCAUCAGGGAAAGUUUGUAGAACAGUUGCAAGGGAAUCGAAGAAUCGGCGAGUCAAUGUGACAACCAGCGAAUUGAUGAGAGUAAAUUGACGUUCAUUUACCCAACGAAAUUAAAUAUUGCAUAGAAGACUAUUUCAUCGCUGCUCUCUGAUCGAUCAACGAUUUCAUCAUGGCGAGCAAGAUGAAAAAAUUUUUGUCGAGCAAGGAAACACGAGACUGGCUCACGAGCACGCACUUCUGGGGCCCAGUAAUGAAUUGGAUGAUACCUCUGGCUGCCAUUGCCGAUACACAGAAGAGUCCGAGUAUUAUCAGUGGAAAAAUGACUUUAGCAUUGACUUUGUAUUCACUAGUUUUCAUGAGGUUUGCGUUCAAAGUUCAACCGAGGAAUAUGUUGUUGUUUUCGUGUCAUUUCACGAAUAUGGGAGCGCAAUUAACGCAAGGGGCUAGAUUCAUAAAUUAUCAUUAUAUAGAGCCGAAGAAGUCUGAAAAUGAUUAAUUUUUAGUUCAAUUAAUUUUGCUAAAAUAAAAAAUAAUGACUUGAGAUGUAAUUUUCUUUCUGUUAUUUAUACAUGAAAAAAAUAUUCGUCUGCUGAAUUUCAACCUUAAAAAAGUUUUGAUUUUCUGGGACAUAUCACUGAUUCUUAGGAAUACGUCACUGAUUUUCAGUAAUCUAUUAUCAAUAAUUAGAGAUUCGCAAUGGUGAAAUUCAGUAAGUGCAAAGAGCUGAAAUUCUAUAAUUUUGUAUCAAAUUUCUCUGUGCAUAUCAAAAGUCGCUUGAUAGGUCUGUUGAGCCACGAC